AUGAAAGAAGUAGAUAAUCUUGAAAGUAUAAAGGAAGAAUGGGUUUGUGAAACAGGAUCUGACCACCAACCUCUUAGUGAUAAUCAACAAACAAAUUGUGAAUAUUUUGUUGACAGCCUUUUUGAGGAAGCUCAGAAGGUUGGUGCCAAAUGUUUGUCUCCCACUGAACAAAAGAAACAGGCAGAUGUAAGUAUAAAAUUAUGGAAAAAUGGAUUCACAGUCAAUGAUGAUUUCAGAAGUUAUUCUGAUGGUGCAAGUCAGCAGUUUCUGAACUCCAUCAAAAAAGGGGAAUUACCUUUAGAAUUACAGGGAGUUUUUGAUAAAGAGGAGGUCGAUGUUAAAGUUGAAGAUAAGAAGAAUGAAGUAUGUAUGUCAACGAAGCCUGUGUUCCAGCCCUUCUCAGGACAGGGUCACAGACUGGGAAGUGCUACACCAAAAAUUGUUUCUAAAGCGAAGGCUAUUGAAGUUGAGAAUAAAAAUAAGUUGUCUACUGUCCCACUAAACAGUCUGGAACCCAUCACUAAUAUACAGAUCUGGUUAGCCAAUGGAGAAAGGAUUGUCCAGAAAUUUAACAUUUCUCAUAGGGUAAGCCACAUCAAAGACUUCAUCGAAAAAUACCAAGGAUCACAAAGAAGUCCUCCCUUUUCCCUGGCAACAGCUCUUCCUUUCCUCAAAUUACUAGAUGAAACACUCACACUGGAAGAAGCCAAUUUACAGAAUGCUGUAAUCAUUCAGAGACUCAAAAAAACUGUGGAACCUUUUAAAGAACUUUCAUAA